AUGGAAAAGCUUUUCCGAAAGCACGAGCCCCUGAUCUGGAAAGUGGGGUUUACUCACAACCCCUCGUGGCGAUGGGGAAACGAGCUUUAUGGCUAUGCUCAUGCUCGAGACAAGUGGGCUGGAAUGGUCGUUCUGUACUGCUCAACUGAACAGCUUGGUCCGGCUAUGCUAGAAGCAGCUUUAAUCGAAAAGUUCAAGAGUCAAGCUGGGUGCAGGAACAUCAAGCUCGGUGGUGACACGGUUCAAGCUUCGAUGCCUGAUGCAGACGAUCGUUUCAUGACAUAUGUCGUGUACAGAGCUUUCAAAUUUCCACCUCCGACGAGGUACCUGUCGUGA